GCUCGACCGGGGCUCAGUGCCCAGUCUCAGUUCCCAUCCCGACGGCACGGCAGCACGGCGCUCGCACCGCGACUCGACUCGGCCCAAGCCAGGAUUCGCAUUGGCGCUCGCUCGCCGCCUCAACACAUCCACACCGCCACCAAGAUGCACCUCGAGUCCACCCUGCCCCUCAAGGACCGGCGGCCCGGCCCCACCCCCAUCGUGUCCACCACCCCGCCGGAGAACACGAACCGGCGCUCCCUGAAGGACCUGAAGGCCCUCAACAAGCCCCCCAAGACGCGCGCCCCCGCGCUCGGGGAGGUCGGCAAGCGGCAGACCCUCAACGUGUUCUCCGCGGACGGCCGGGACGUGUCCGCCGAGGUCGGCUCCGAGGAGGCCGUCGUGGACGAGACCGCCUUCGUGAAGCAGCCGGCCGUCAUCUUCACUCGGGGCAAGAAGGGGAUGCACUACACGCUGCUGCUCCUGGACUACCACAAGGACGAGGGCAGCGCCCCCCACCACCGCCUGCAUUGGCUCAUCACAGACAUCCCCGGCCAGCAUUUCGCAUCGGGUGACUUGAGCCGUGGAAUCGUACUAGCUGACUUCGAGCCGCCCCGCGUGCCCGACGCCCAGCAGCCGCGCCUGUACGUGCUCAUGGUGUUCGAGCAGCGGCCGCCCACGCCGCCCAACACGCCCGAGGAGGAGCAGGCCGAGGGCCUGCACCAGGGCCCGCUGGGCCGGCACCCGGACCUGCAGCAGUUCGUCAGCGACCGGGACCGCUUCCCGCUGACGUCCUGGCUGCGCAGCAACAGCCCCAAGAUGGCGCGCAUCGCGGCCUGCCAGCAGUUCAGGGCGCACCUGUCGGAGUGCAGCCUGAACAUCGCCGGCCUCGGCAGCCGAGACAUGCUCGACCAGAGGGAGGACCAGGGCGUCCUCGGCGACGUGGAGGACUCGGACCACUCCUCGGACAAAAGGGCCGGGGGGGGCCCCCGCCCUGGCCCUGGGGUCCAGGACAAGGAGCGGCCAGGCCCGCGGCCCCCGGGCGGCACCAAUACGGGCCAGCUGACCGCCGGGGCCGCCGGGGGCCCCCAGGCCAAGCAGCGGUGCCCCGUGUAG